CAUUUAUAAUAUCACACGCAACAAAGCUGAAAAAUACAACUUGGGCAGAAGAUAAUUUGAGAUUUCACAUCGCCUGCCACAAGUUGAACAGAUGUUCCCAGACGACACAUAACUUGUGGCCCAAUGCUGCAUGUUGCUCUCCUUGACAGCUGAUACCGGGAUGAUCUCGCAGCAUCAACUCUGGCUGCUGAGGCAUUCCUUCUCAUGUUACAUAGAACGCUAGCUUUGAUCUGCUGAGGCGCAGAACCAAUGCAGCCCCCGCGUCGCUCCCACCCAAGGGCGACUCGAACCCUAGCGCCGCCACCACCCUCCCCCACGCCCUUUCCUCCCCUCGCCGUCGCCAGAGGAUGCCGACGGACGAAGCCCCAACGGCGGACGGCGACGGCGGGGAUUUUCCCUGCGGUGGUUCCUAUUUCUCCAGGUGUUGGCGGCGCGGCUUGGGCGUCGUCGGGCCAGCAGUUCCGGGGCGAGGCAGCGGCCUGCUUCGUGUGGAUCUAGGGGAUCUUGCCCAUAUCUGCUAGGGGAGGCCGGCCAGGCUUGCUGGGUGCCCGGCGCGGUGGCCGGCAAGGCGCGGGGAGGCGGGGUGCGGGCCGGCAAGACGCAGGCAGGCGGGGUGCGGGCCCUUUGUGGGUGCGGGCGGGAGGGGGCGGGCGGCCGACGAGGUGACUGGGGCUGCAGAUCUGGGCCGUGCGCGUGGAUCCGUGGCUGCUGGGGUUAUGGCGUUCCGGCCGGUCGGUAUCAGGCUCUGUGGCGUGUGGCAGGUCUUGUCGACGCGAUGGAGCGGUGGUGGAGGAGGCUUUGGUCAAGUGUGUCCUCUCUUCCUUCCAUUCGCGAUGGGGUUGUCGGUGGUUGCGAGUGAAAGCUCUGCGCUGACGUGGUCGGUGCGUAGGGCCUAUCGGUGCGGCGACGACGGGUUCCGCGGACGUCGUUCUCCUUCUUGGAGGCGUCAUCAUGCAUCCCCAUUACAACCCAUCCUUGGCAAUCGAGGUGACUCCGAGCGAAAGCUCAGAUCCGAUUUUCUGGACCGGGCAAUGGCAGCGUCUUCGGACGUCGUUUCCUCCUUGAAGGCGUUGCCUUUGGAGCCCUUGCUUGCGGCAGUAUGGUCAGCCUGGAUGAAGCUUGGCCAGGGAUUGUGGCUUCGAGUGGCACGGGCUCACUGGUGCACGAGUUGUACCCGUCGGGGCGACCUCUCCUUUGCUCCGGUCGCCGGAGAAGCCCAGCUCUACCUACUUUCUCUGAUGUUAGGAGUUGUUCCCUAUUCGGUGUCAUUGGAGCGGAGGGUGGUUCGUUUUUCGGGUGCAACUUGUUUGUCGGCGUUGCUUUGUAAUGCUCGUAGUCAAGGUUUUUGUGCGUUUGUCCUUGAAUAAGCUGUGCAUUGUACGGUUUUCGGCUCAAUUUUCUUCAUAAACAGAGCCAUUCUAUUUUUUUUUAAUGAAUUGCAGGAUCACGCUGGCCUCUCAAUGAGGUUCCGUGAAAAAAAAAAGAACAUGGUUGCUUUCCUCCCACAGCUAAAAUAGGAAGACGAGGAUCGAGAGAUAACGCGCGACGCGCGCGUCGGAGAAGGGGGCACCGCACUUACGCGCGCGUGCACGCCAAAAAGAAGGGAAAAAUCAAGGAACAGAAAAACCCACCGGCAAUUAACAGGCAACCUCUGGGGCCUUCGACGACCCAACGAUCGACAGAGUAAACGUAGUUAGCCUUAGCUAGGUAGCGCGCUCCGGCCGGCCGGCCGGGCUUGCCAUACAUGCAUGGCAGCCACCGUGGCCGGCUCCCCAUGCCGGCCCCGGGCACGACGCCGCGGUGGUGGGAGGACGCGGCGAUCUCGCUGGGGCUGGUGGGCGUGCAGCUGGCCGGCGCCGCCUACAUGGUGGUGCUGACGCCGAUCCUGGCGCUCGGCCUCGACCCGCUCUUCCUCGUCACCUUCGGCAGCCUCUGCACGGGGAUCCUCACCUUCCCUUUCGCCUUCAACCUCGAGAGGAAGAAAUGGCCAUCGCAGCUGAGCAACCGGCUGGUCCUUCAGUUCGUCUUGCUGUCUCUGGGAGGGGUGACCCUGUUCCAAGCCCUCAUGCUGCACGGCAUGAAGAUGACAUCCCCCGCCAUUGCCUCCGCCAUGCCCAACCUUGCCCCGGGAUUCAUCUUCGUUGUCGCUGGCUGCCUCAGGUUUGAGAGGGUUGAUUUCAGGUGCCACUACACCAGAGCCAAGAUACUGGGGACCCUUCUCUGCCUGGGUGGAGCCAUCACCAUGAGCAUCCUGCAGAGCCCCGCCGCUCCAUCUGGCCGAAGAUCGCCGGACCUCAAGUCACACCAGGACUGGGUCAUCGGCUGCCUGUGCCUCCUCGGGGCGGUGCUCGUGCUCUCAGCCACAAUAAUAUUGCAGGCGGCAACCAUGAUCCAUUUCCCUGCACCCUUCACCCUCUGCUCCAUGACCUCGUUGAUUGGUGCCGCGCUGACGGGGAUCUUCCAGGUGGCCACCACAGGGAGGUUCAGCCCUGGGACACCCCAGAUCAGCAUUCAAAUCAUCCUCUCCCUUGUAUUUGUGGGCGGGCUGGUGAGCUCGGUGUGCAUCAUGUUCCAGACGUGGGCGCUGGAGAAGAAAGGCCCUGUGGUUGUCUCCCUGUUCAGCCCGAUGCAGACCGUCGGUUCGGCUAUCUUCUCGGCUCUGUUCUUGGGAAGGGAGGUGCAACCAGCAAGCAUGCUGGGGUUGGUAUUUCUUUUCUCCGGCCUUUAUGUUGUUCUGUGGGCAAAAAAGAAAGAAGGCCAAGUUCUUCCUACACACACAGCGGUGGCAGAAGGAACAGCAGCCGAUAUAGAGAAACCACUUCUGCUUCCAGAUAGUUUGAUUCUCUUGUAGUAUGCUUUUAAUAUCUCAGACAGGCAGGGUACAGCAAUAGUCAAAGAAUGUAUAGUUCUCUUCCUUUGGUUCUUGUAAACAUGUAGUUGUAUGUUUGUACAGACAAAAUACAAUAUUAGAUUGAAUAGUUGAGUAGUAUCAGAUUGUAGAACACUAACAUUGGUAACAAGAGAAUCAUUUGGGAGGAAGAGAAUACCAUAUACCUCGCCAUCUGUAAUUA